AUGGGAAUUAUAAGUCACUCUUGCAUGCUAAUUAGAGAAAACUUGCAAGGAAUGAAACGAAGACCUCCAAUAUGGCUGGGCUUGGUCUCCAUGCUGAACUGGACAGCACUGUUCCUGAGUGUCUUCCUACUUUCAGGUUGCAACGGGGAUAAGCCCCAGCUUUAUCCUAAUGUAACUGAGUUGGAAAUAAGUGAAGGAGAAGCCUUAGAAAUACACUGCACAAGUAAUAACUAUGUACAGAUAUAUUAUCCAACUUUCGAUUACCACCAGGCUGUAAUGAUGUCUGAUUAUAAAAUUUACCCAGAAGAAAAUAGUAGAAGUAAAACGAUGUUAAGGGAAUCAACUGUUGUUGGAGACACUGGCUGGUAUGGCUGCGCUAAUAUAAAUAAGAAAAUCUCACGCACAACGAGUAAAGACUUAAGUGAUCCAAGUAUUAGUUGGAUGUACGUUUAUAUUAAAUCUAAAAAAAGUGCUUUCAUUCCAUCAAAUUGGUACAGUGCAGUACCACCUACAGAAUGUUUACCUUACUUUGCCAUUUUUCCAUGCCGAACGACUUCUCCUCGAAUCAAUGUUACGCUUACAACAAGUGAUCCUAACUUGCAGGAAAUCGUAAACAGGAAUGGGUUUUUUGAUCCUAGAAUUGGUUUUAUCGUCAAAAAUUUAACUCAUUACAGCACUACAAAACAAUUUCCCAGUUUAACCUGUAAGGCUAAUAAUGGUGAUUUCACGAAAAAGAUUAUGACAUUUAGUAAAGACUAUGUUCGCAAUUGCAUAAGUGAACCAACUAUAAAAAUAGAAGGCAAGAAUAAAGUUUUUAUGGGCUCCACAUUAAGCAUGACGUGUACACCAUCCAUACUGGCGUUGAGAGUGUGCAAAUUUCACAACCAGAUCCAAGAAUCACAAUUUUCGAACGUUGAUUUGUUAAUAUCCAAACUUGUAAUAAAAAAUGUUACUUACGAGGACGAGGGUAAUUACACUUGCCAAGUAAAAUCUUCGUUCAAUGAACAUCGUAGUACGAACAUAUUUAUAGAAUUAUACGAUCCAAAUUCUUUUAUUUCCUUAACAUCUUAUUAUAAAGAGAAGGCUUAUAGCGUUGGUGAUGUAGUGGUACUCACAGCUUACAUCGAUGCUUAUCCAGAGCCAAUUCUCACAUGGCUUGCACCCAACGGCACAAAGAUUGUUUUAGGGAAAAAGUUCAAGAUGCCUUUUUCUGCGGGACAGUAUCCAGAAUAUCCAGAAAGUAAUUUAGUGAUUUAUGGUGUUGAGAUGGAAGACCAUGGUAUUUAUACUCUCCAAGGUGAACAUAGUAAACAUGGGAUGUAUUCAGAAUUAACAUUAAAUAUGGUAAAGUUUGGCGAAAUCACUUGCAAGGCUUGCAAUUUAUAUGCCUGUGACUCAAAAGGACAUAAAAUUCAUAUUACCGACGGGGUCGAUGAUGCACCUUAUGGAAUAAUAGGGCCGGAAGAGGCAUACGAUGGUGAAAAUGUUACUCUAAUCUGUGCUGCAGUUAAACAUGAUUAUCUAUCUGUCACAUGGUUGGAUGACCGCUUUAAAGAGAUAACUAAUUCUGCAAAAGUGCAAGUAGCGUCAACAAAGACUAAAUUUACCAUUCGAAAAGAGCUUGUGAUCUAUAACAUAAGUCAAUCAGAUGAGAAAGACUAUUACUGCAGUGUGUCUGAUAUUAAGUUAACUGGAACCAUCAGUUACCAUCUUAGUUUUAAACUGCGAAAAGACCCUUACUUUAUCAAAGACAAUAUGAAUACCACCAGUGUCAUUAAAUUUACAACACAUGCUCGAAAUUUCAUUCAUCUAUACUGCUUCGUUGGAGGAACGCCUGCACCGAACAUUACGUGGUAUAAGGAUGAUGAACCUUUGAAUCUGCCGGAAGAUCGUUUUAGCCUUUUCUCUAAUGAUCAAAAAUUAAUUAUAAGGUAUCUUGAGGAAGAUGAUAGUGGUAACUAUUCUUGUCGCGCUGAAAAUCGAUUCGGAAAAGUAGAAAAAUAUCAGAGCGUCAACGUAACAGACAGGAGAGCUCAUGCAAAUAUCGGUCGUAACAUCAACCCCAGCAUGACCGUCGGAAGCUCGGAUUUGCAUCCCGACGUGCUCUAG